CCCUCCUGGCCUGCCCCAACACAAAAAUAUCCACCCCUUUCUUUUCCUCUCCUAAUAUAUAUUAAUAUCCCUACCCCCCCAGCUACUAUCAUUAUAUCUAUAUAUAUCUCUCUCUUUCUCUACAACAUAUAAUCUUGCCCCAACCAACGUCUCUGGAUUUCGUCCGACUCCUCGGGGGAUUUGGAUUUCACCAUGCCCUGGACUUCCAAGGCCCUUCAGUUGACCGCCUCUUCCCGUGAUGUUUCCCGCCUACCCACCUACCACGACGACGACGAGCAGGAUCCCCGCGAGGACCAAAGGUUGCUCGACGCUCCCCAAGAAGAUGAUUCUAUUUCUCGGAGGAGGAAUCUGCGUAGGGUUCAGGUCAGGGUCACCGGGAUGACCUGUGCAGCUUGUUCUAAUUCCGUCGAAUCGGCCCUCUCUACUCUCAACGGUGUCGUCAAAGCCUCCGUCGCCUUGCUUCAGGGCAAGGCCGAUGUCACCUUUGAUCCUAACUUACUCAAGGAUGACGACAUUAAAGUUGCAAUAGAAGAUACUGGAUUUGAGGCAGAGAUAAUGCCUGAACCCAGUACUUCAAAUUCCCAGCCACGUGCAAUGCUAGUAGGGCAAUUUCUGAUAGGAGGAAUGACAUGUGCUGCUUGUGUCAAUUCUGUAGAAGGGAUUUUAAGGAAGUUGCCGGGUGUUAAGAAAGCUGCAGUUGCUUUGUCUACAUCUGUAGGAGAGGUUGAAUAUGACUCAAGUGUUACUAGUAAAGAUGAUAUAAUCAAUUCAAUUGAAGAUGCUGGUUUUGAAGCUUCAUUUGUUCAGAGUAGUGAGCAGGAUAAACUUGUGCUGGGGGUUACUUGGAUUUCAAAUGAAAUGGAUAUCAAAAUGUUGGAAGAAAAUCUGUCCAUCAUAAGGGGCGUGAGGAAAUUUUAUUUUGAUCAAGCAUCAAAAGAAUUAGUAGUCCAUUUUGACCCUGAACUUCUUGAUUCCAGAACAUUAGUUGAUGAAAUUGAGAAUAGCAGCCGUGGAAAACUAACUUUAACGGUAAAGAGCCCGCAUGCCAAAAUGGCUUCCAAGGAUCUUGAGGAGUCUUCAAAUAUGUUUCGGCUAUUUACUGCAAGCUUGUUACUAAGUGUUCCUCUGUUUUUUAUGCGAGUCAUCUGUCCGCACAUACCACUGUUAUAUUCUUUACUACUAUGGCGCUGUGGCCCAUUCCACAUGGGUGAUUGGUUGAAUUGGGCUUUGGUCACUGUUGUUCAAUUUGUUAUAGGCAAGCGUUUCUAUGUUGCAGCUGGCAGAGCACUCAGAAAUGGAUCUACUAACAUGGAUGUCCUAGUUGUUUUGGGAACUUCAGCUUCAUACUUCUACUCUGUAUGUGCAUUAUUAUAUGGUGCAAUGACAGGGUUCUGGUCUCCAACCUACUUUGAAGCUAGCGCUAUGUUAAUUACAUUUGUACUUUUUGGUAAAUACCUGGAAAGUCUAGCCAAGGGAAAGACAUCAGAUGCUAUCAGAAAGCUUGUGGAGCUAGCUCCUGCUACUGCUAUAUUGCUUAUUCAAGGAAAUGGUGGGAAAGUGGUGGGAGAAAGGGAAAUUGAUGCUUUGUUGAUUCAGCCAGGUGAUAUACUGAAAGUACUUCCUGGGUCAAAGAUUCCUGCUGAUGGUUCUGUUGUGUGGGGUUCUAGUUAUGUCAACGAGAGCAUGGUCACUGGCGAAUCUGCACCUGUUUUGAAAGAAGCUAAUUCUUUGGUUAUUGGAGGCACAAUAAACAUGCAUGGUUCACUUCACAUACAGGCUAAUAGAGUAGGCUGUAACACGAUUUUAAGCCAAAUAAUUUCUCUGGUUGAGAUGGCACAGAUGUCUAAAGCACCCAUUCAAAAGUUUGCUGACUAUGUUGCAAGCAUUUUUGUCCCUGCAGUGAUCUCUUUAGGACUUCUGACAUUAAUCGGAUGGUACCUAGCUGGAAUUUUUGGAGGCUACCCUGAGGAGUGGCUUCCAGUGAAUGGCAAUCAUUUUGUAUUUGCCCUUAUGUUUGCAAUAUCAGUUAUUGUAAUUGCAUGCCCAUGUGCACUUGGAUUAGCCACCCCAACCGCUGUCAUGGUUGCAACUGGGGUUGGGGCCAGCAAUGGUGUGCUCAUUAAAGGAGGUGAUGCAUUGGAGAAAGCACAUAAUAUCAAGCAUAUUGUAUUUGACAAGACGGGGACAUUGACACAGGGAAAAGCCACAGUUACUAUUGCCAAAGUCUUUUCAGGCAUGGAUCUUGGUGAAUUCCUUACACUAGUAGCUUCAGCAGAGGCAAGUAGUGAACACCCAUUGGCCAAAGCAAUACUGGAAUAUGCUCAACACUUCCACUACUUCGAUGGAUUCACUGCACAGGAUGCUCAAGUCAGCAGUUCCAAGUCCUUUGAAUGGCUUCAUGAUGUAUCAGAGUUUUUCGCUAUGCCUGGAUGUGGUGUGCAGUGCACUAUUGGCGGGAAAAAGGUUCUGGUUGGUAAUCGGCAGCUGAUGUCCGAUAACUGCAUCACUAUACCAAACCAUGUGGAAAAUUUUGCAGUAGAGUUGGAAGAAAGUGCCAAGACUGUAAUACUAGUGGCCUAUGAUAAUGAUUUAAUUGGUAUCCUGGGAGUAGCUGAUCCAUUGAAGAGGGAAGCUGCAGUUGUUAUAGAGGGCCUCAUUAAAAUGGGUGUCAACCCUGUUAUGGUUACUGGUGAUAAUUUGAGAACAGCCAAAGCUGUUGCAAAGGAGGUUGGCAUUGUAGAUAUUCGAGCAGAAGUAAUGCCCGCAGGGAAAGCUGAUGCGAUUCGGACGUUCCAGAAAGCUGGUAGUAUUGUUGGCAUGGUGGGGGAUGGCAUAAAUGAUUCCCCAGCCUUGGCUGCUGCGGACGUGGGUAUGGCAAUAGGGGCGGGGACCGACAUUGCAAUAGAAGCUGCUGACUUUGUGCUAAUGAGGAGCAACUUAGAAGAUGUGAUCACUGCUAUUGAUAUUUCGAGGAAGGCGCUGUCGAGGAUUAGGCUGAAUUAUGUGUUUGCCAGCGCCUACAACGUGGUCGCCAUCCCAGUAGCUGCGGGGGUUUUCUAUCCCUGGGUGAAAAUGAGGUUGCCCCCGUGGGCAGCGGGUGCAUGCAUGGCGUUGUCGUCGGUGACGGUUGUAUGCUCAUCCCUGCUUCUUAGGCGGUACAGAAGGCCGAGGCUUACCACACUGUUGGAAAUCACUGUUGACUGAAUGAAAUUACAGCGCGCUCCCAAACACACACACAAAACAUGUUUUGUGAUUCAUUUUAAUUAUUGUUAGCUUCUUCCUAUCAUAUUCAGUAUUUGGAUCACGUCACAAGGUAGCCAGGAAUGGAAUGUAAGUGGUGUGGAGUGGAAGGGAACUAAUACGAUCUGUACUGUACUGUGGCCGGGUGGGUCUCUUCUCUUAUCUUGGUUGGGGAGAUGUAGUCGUUUGAGGUGGUCCGUCCUUAUUGUGAAUGGGACUGGAGUCUGGAGAUGGAUCACUCACAUAUAUCAUUCAUUCACUUGCAUCUCUAUCUAAUUGGAUUGAGUUAGCCUAAUAAUCUAUAGCGAGUGUACUAUGUAUGUUGAUUUGGGCGGGGCGGGGUGGGGUGGGCUUUCUCACGCGUGGGGCUGUGGGUGUUGGAUUUGGAGGAGAAGGAGGAGGAGGAUGGUGUGGGUGAAUCCCAUGGCUACGUGGUUCAGAACUCACUUUCACUCUUUGCUAGACUUGGCACUUGACACUUGCACUUGCACUUGCUCACCCGGACCCUCCCCUCUGUUACGGUUAUAUGUAUUUUAUUAAUGUUUGUUUACAUUUGUGUGCUGACAGUGCGUGUUGGUUGUGGUCGUUGUCUAUAUUGGCAUGAUAGCAUGGUUUGUGUAUAUGUUCAAACACACAGAAUUUUGUUCGAAGAUUGAUGUAAGGAAUUAUUGCGAGUGAUCAGAUAUAGUAAAAAUUUGUGGUUGUAAACAUUGAAUUGUUUAUCAUAAUUAUUUAUACUUUUUGUACUGGUGAGUUUUCAGAUCAAACACAGAAAUUUUAAAUUAAGUAUUGAUCUCAUGCGAAAAAGCAGUAAAAAAAUCCGCUUUUGUAGCGGGCCUGAACCCUAAACUACAGAAAGCUGGAAAGGAAAGCGAUAAAGUGGUGAGCGGACAAGGUGUCAGCAAUGGGUGAGUGAUAGGAACAUGAUACUGUGUCUGAACUGUGAAGGGAGUAACGUAAAUAUAUAAACCAAAUUUUGAUCGUUGGUACUUGACCUCAAAGAAACUCUACUGUAGUUUCUGUCACUAGGGAUUUACAACAAGACUUGGAUAAUCAAUUUUUUUUCUGUGUUCUUUACCAGCAAAGUAAUAUUCUUUACAAUUAUGAUUUAUAUAAAUGUGAAAAGCAUGAAAGAAGUGACGACGAAGAACAAAUGAUAUUUCAAGCACUAAAGUGGUGGCCAAGGGAGGAGAAAUCUCAACUCCUUGUCAUUCAUGUUGAAAAUUCUCUUAUAGGGUUAGAGCUCUCGGGAGACAGGAAGACAGCUAGAAUACGCGAAAAAAUGCUAGUAUACUCCUCUUGAAGUAUAUCUUUACUUACAGAUUGCCUUUAUUUAUAGCCGGUGGAAGUAGCUGUUACAGAGCAGUUACAAAGUAGUUUUAACCGCUAGGUAGUUAAUGGCGAUCAUUCUGUCGAAGCAGUUGCUAGUCAUAACUCCCAUGUGCUUGCUUCGCUUGCUUAGGCUUGUAAGGACGCAGAUCUUCCUCGUUUGCCGGAUGACUGGAAGGCAUCAGUGCAACUGAGUUGGUUUGUCUGUGUUGGCUGGUAAUGGAAUGGUUGUACCGUUGCGGGUUAGACACUUAGGCGAUAUUUGCACUGAGUUGCCGUUGCGGUGGGUGUCUGGUCUCUGACUUGAGCGAUGGAGCUUCGCUUGCGAGCGGUUAGGAGCUAUCGUUUGCCUCUCUUGUCUUAGUUUUUCUGAGAGGUCGUCGUCACUUGUGAACGGAAAUGACUGUCGCUUGCCUCAUCCGCCUUAGCUUUUUUGGACCGUAUCAGUGGACAAAAAUUGUUAAUAAUAUCAACAAAUCAAGAAUCAUGUCAAGCGACAUAGAUCAAUAAAGUAUACCAUAAAUCAAAUAUUAUGUCUUGUCAAACGAAAAAUAUACUCAUAUUUGGGGUUAUCAAUUGGCAUUUGAAAUGGAUGUGGAUGUAAAAUGUGAAAUGUGAAAGGGUAUGGGAGCCGGGUUGGUUGUUCGCACGUCCCUGUCGACUCGAUCGUCUUCGCUACUGCAAGUGCAAGCAACUUUCUCACUUCACUCGGUCAAUGGACUGACUGACUGGCUGCCUGGCUACUAUAUCUAUCCAUACAUACAUACAAACAAUACAAUGUUUGUCUGUGGGUGUGUGUAUGGUCAAAGUGGGUGACUGUACGUGUGGGUGAUCAAUAGAUCAUCUCUUUUUGACCUGACCGGAUCCUCUCUUCUCCUACCCUUUCCUUCCUUUCUCCAAAUAUAUAUAUAUAUAUAUAUAUAUAAUUAUUAACUGCACUUUGCUUAAUGGAGUACUACUUAGUAUAUAACAUGGAUUCCUUGUUACGUACGUAUAGUUGAUGAUAUAUAUUAUUAGAAUUGUGAUUAGAUUAUUGGAGGGAGGAAGAAGCUGGAGGCGGCGGCAGCCAGCAUGAGGAUUGGGAUUGAGAAGUCGUCGGUCAGCAGUAGAAUAGAGUAGAGUAGAGACGAGACCAAGACUUGGCGACGGACGCAUCCCAUCAUUCAAACACAAACCACCAAUAGUGAAUAGCCCCAUUGGGCAUUGCUGCUGCUGCUGCUGCUUAGCUUGUGCCCUUUCCUCCUAAUUUCCCAAUUAAUUGAUUAAUCAAUCAAUCUAUCUAUCUUGGUCAACCAACAACUAAUUACUACAAUAUAAUAUAGGAGUAGGAGUACUAGUAAUGGGGAGUUGAUCUAUGUUAGAAAAUAGAGAAUUAAUAUGUAUGGUCCCAACCACAACAACAGCAGCAGCGGGGUGGAGUUGCUUGCUUGCGUUCACAUCUGAUCCUAUCAUAUCUUUAUCUUAUCCAUCUAUAUAUAUACAUGUUGAUUCUGACUUUGCUAAUAUAGUAUAUAAGCUAGCUAACAACCCAACGCCUAGGUCAAGUCUAACCUACCCGUGUGUGUCAAUCAGUCAGUCAAACAUGUCUGUCUGUCCGUAUGUAUUGUAUGCUUGUAUGUACAAACCUAGAAUAUAAUAUAUAUAUAUGGCGUUCACAUUACUACUACACAUUGCAAAAGUAAAACUCAACAAAUUACUUUAAACUAGCUAGCUAGCUUGCAUGCGUCAUGUGAUUGAGCACACAAAUUGAUCUUUGAUCUGAGCCCCCACACAUAAUAUAACGGCAUCGGAUCGCCCAUCCCCUGUUUUGCCAGUCCCAUCACAAAAUGAUGUAUGUAUAUAUAUAUAUAUACAUACAAUGGGCGGGACUGAAGAAAAUGGGGCUGAGGAUGGAUGUCCAACUAAUUAGAUUAGAUUAGAUUAGAUUAGAUUAGCUAGUAUUGGCUUACUUGCUUGGUUGCCAAGAUUAUAAUAACAACAACGUCACUAUUACGAUAUCACGCUUUGACUCGUCAAAACAUGCUCCUCAUUCCUUAUUUCCUCGAAACAUCCCCACACUAGCUAAUUAAUUAAUUAAGAGAAACAAAGCCCACUUUCUGCAUUUUUCAGACAAGGCCCACCCUCUCUUCUCUUCUCUUCUCUCGUCUCGUCUCGUCUCGUCUCAGUAUACAUAUAAUUAGCUGCAUUCCAAGCUGCUGCUUUAACAAACCAUACAAAUAUAAUUAGCUUCCAAGAUUCUUCUGCGCACCAAUGAAUUUAUGAGCUGAGGAUCGGAAGGCAUAUAUAUAUAUAUAUAUAUCAUCAUUUCUGAUAUUAUAUAUAUGGAUGUAACCCUAUCCACCUAGCUAGCUCGUCUUAGUAAUAUUAUCAUUAAACAUACUAGUAUUAUUAUGUAUGGAGAUCAAAUUAAGGAGAAUCGGAGGUUCGUGAAACAUGCAGAGGAUCUCUGAUGAAACCACCACUGCAUCUGCAUCUGAAUCUGCAGGACCAGGUUCUGAUCUGUACCCUAAACCCGAGAUUGCAGAUAAAGCGACGAGCAGGAGCAGGAGCAGGACAUCCAGGAGGCGGUCGAGGGCUUCCAAGAAGGCCCCCAUGACUCUCCUCAACGCCAGCCCCAACAACUUCCGCUCUCUUGUGCAGCACUUCACCGGCUGUCACACUGCAGCACCGCCACCACCCGCGGCCCCCCGAGGCAGAGGCCCCAUCAACUUGAACUUUGCGCAGUACAGCAGCAGCGCCUGCUAUUCUUCUGACCAUGCGGCGGAUCCCCACCGACAUCGCCAAUUCCCACCUCAUGAUCAUCAGCAAGAUCAAUAUGAUCAACAGAAUUAUUCUGCCCCAAGCUUUUCCUCAUUAUCUCAAAUUGACAACAGAUUUGCUGAUGAUGUCACCGGCGACCAUGAAUUAGUGUUUCCUGCAGCUGCGGGCAACUCCUCAUCACGGCCACCGGGUCAUCAUGACCCAGUACUUCCACUGUUAGUUAGUGAUGAUUUAGGGGAUGACCAGCUGGGCAUGCAAACCCUUCCGCUUCCGGACCAGCUGCUGCACUCGCCUCCUCAAGAUUACUAUUCCGCUCAAACAUGGCACCACCACCACCACCACUUCUGGCCGGGAAAUUAAGAUAAUCGACAAUUUUAUACAUAUAAAGGCAUAUAGACAUGCAUCCAUAUGCAAACUCGUUAUCCAGAACACAAUGUACGUACGUAGCCUGCGAGUAUAAUUCAAUCUACUAACGAUAUAUAUAUAUAUAGUCCGAUUUUGCAAUUGAUAAAUCAAUUGCCGACAUAGCCAUAAGUACAUGCCUCGGGAUAGUUUAGUGUACUAUAUAUAUCUGAUAUAUAUAAUUAUAUAGUUUCUGCA